GACUCGAUUUCCCCUUGUGCCAUCAGUCAAACCUCAUGAGCGGUCAUCGUGGUUAUGGGUUGGUGCCAGGAGCCGAGCACCUGGGCAGUGGUGAUGGCUCACGGUUCUCAACGCCCCGCGCUGCAGGCAAGCUGGGCAAGAAGCGGGCACUGUCCAUCUCACCCCUGUCAGACUCCAGCAUUGACCUGCAGACAGUCAUCCGCACCUCACCCAACUCCCUUGUUGCCUUCAUCAACUCCCGCUGUGCCUCUGCCAGUGGCUCCUAUGGCCACCUCUCCAUCAGCACCAUCAGUCCGUCACUGGGAUAUCAGAGUCCACCGGCUCAGCAGAAGGGCCAAGGCCACCUGUACAGCCACACAGUAGCACCACCACCACCAUGUAGCUCCCACGAACCCCUGUCCACCCGCCCAGGGCUCCUGCAGCACACCCCAGCUCGUGGGACCCUCAAACACUGCCAGCAGCUAAAGUUGGAGUGGAGCCUGAGCAGCCCUCUGACUGUCAAAUACCCAGAGGAGAGAUCCGAGGGGGACAUCUCCAGCCCAGCUUCCACAGGCACCCAGGACCCCUUGCUGGGGAUGCUGGAUGCUCGGGAAGAUCUGGAGAAGGAGGAUGGGAAACCUGAGUCGGAGACUGUGUAUGAAACCAAUUGCUACUGGGACGGCUGUGCCAAGGAGUUUGACACGCAGGAGCAGCUCGUGCAUCACAUCAACAAUGAGCAUAUCCACGGGGAAAAGAAGGAGUUUGUGUGCCACUGGGCAGCAUGUUCCCGGGAGCAGAGACCCUUCAAGGCUCAGUACAUGUUGGUGGUGCACAUGCGGCGACACACGGGCGAGAAGCCUCACAAGUGCACGUUCGAGGGCUGUAACAAAGCCUACUCACGCCUGGAGAACCUCAAGACCCACCUGCGCUCACACACGGGGGAAAAACCCUACGUGUGUGAACACGAGGGCUGCAACAAGGCCUUCUCCAAUGCUUCCGACCGGGCCAAGCAUCAAAACCGCACUCACUCCAAUGAGAAGCCUUAUGUGUGCAAGAUUCCAGGCUGCACCAAGCGCUACACAGACCCCAGUUCGCUGCGCAAGCACGUGAAGACGGUGCAUGGCCCCGAUGCCCACGUCACCAAGAAACACCGAGGGGAUGUGAUGCCGGGUCGUGCACUGCCCACCCCCAGUGGCCCCCCAGACAUGAAGCAGGAGAAAGACACAAAUGGCCCUGCUGAGGCCCAGAAGGAUGAUGGCAAACUCUUGGUGCCUGACUUGGCCUUGGUAAGGAGCUGGGGUAAGCAGUCGUCGUGCAUCAGCGGCCAUUCCCCCCUCGGCAGCACCACUAACAAUGACAGUGGGGUGGAGAUGGCGGGCAACGCUGGUGGCAGCUACGAGGAUCUGUCUACGCUGGAGGAUGUGCCCGGUGAGCCCAUGGGCACCUCAGGCCUCAUGGCCCUGCACAAGCUGGAAAACCUUCGCAUUGACAAACUGAAGCAGAUGAGGAAGCCGUCGGCUACCAAGGGCCUGAAUUUGCCAGCU